UCCAAGCAAUAACUAAUAAGAGACAUCACGAUUUUAAAUCCGGGUUAAGUUGUGUCGUGGUUGACGGUACGUCGCUCACGUAUACCAUCGGCAAUUUUGCAAUUGAAAGCGAGCUUUCUUUCGCUCUGAGAACUCGGAGUCUGAGACUGGAGAUAAGACUACGUACUACGUUGUUUUCUCCAUGCACACUUUACCAUUUGGUUGCAAGACCGUGUUACAAAACAUCAAGUGAACCUUUUUCCUCUUAUCUUUUGGAAGUUUACGUGACGUGACGUACCUAUCUAGUCCAGGGUGCCGGUCCUGAGGUAACCAAGAACAUAUUUGAGCCACAUGUGUUUUUAGUCUUUGAAUAUCAAAAUUUACCAAGCACUUCCUUCGACAAUGCGAGGAGUAGGAAGCAAAGCUCUAAGAAUUGCUUUUCGAACAUUUACAUCAGUAAGUGCUCUUGAAGCACCCAGAGUGUCAAGAUCUCAUAGAUUUCUAGGAGCAACUCUGAUAGCUUCUGGAGGAGUUUUGCUGUACACCUCAUACUCAGCAUGUGUUUCAGCAGCACAGAAAGCUGGAAACAUAGAUGUCACAAAAUUUAUGGCUCAGCCCAUUACAAAUUUGGAGACUCUAGAGGCUAACCCUGAUGAUAUGAAAACAAAAAUGGAAUUGCUCAUCAUGAGGAUACAGAAAGAGUUCUGCCAAGCUCUAGAAAAUGAAGAAGACGAUAAUUCCAAAUUUGUUGUUGAUCGUUGGAGUCGGCAUGAUCCUAAAGAGGGUGGAGGGAUCACAUGUGUUCUUCAAGAUUCCAAGACUUUUGAAAAAGCUGGGGUCAAUAUCACAGUCAUGACAGCACCUCUUUCCAAACAGCUGCAGGCCAGCAUGAGAGCCAGAGGUAAAGAGUUACCAGAGGAUAAAGAGUUUAAGUUCUUUGCUGCCGGUAUUAGUUCAGUUAUUCAUCCUCGUAAUCCUCAUGUUCCAACCAUCCAUUUCAACUAUAGAUAUUUUGAGAUGCAAGAUGAAGAUGGCAACAACAAGCACUGGUGGUUUGGUGGAGGUACAGAUCUCACACCAUAUUACUUGGUUGAAGAUGAUGUAAAACACUUUCAUUCAGUGUUGAAAGCUGCUUGUGAUACUCAUGAUCGUCAUUAUUAUCCAAAGUACAAGAAGUGGUGUGAUGACUACUUUUUUGUCACAUUUCGAGGGGAGAGGCGUGGAGUUGGAGGCAUAUUCUUUGAUGAUUUAGAAGGUGACAAUGCAAGCGAUGUGUUUUCCUUUGUGAGGGAUUGUGCAGAUUCAGUUAUACCAUCUUACAUUCCCAUUGUUAAAAAGCAUAAGAAUGAUGCUGUGACCGAGGCAGAAAGACGUUGGCAGCUCUUAAGACGUGGUCGUUAUGUAGAAUUUAAUUUGGUGUAUGAUCGAGGGACCAAGUUUGGUUUUGCAACACCUAAUGCUCGUAUAGAGAGCAUACUCAUGUCUCUUCCUCUCCAUGCUAGGUGGGAGUACAUGCACAAACCAGAACCAGGCACUCCAGAAUACAAACUGACUGAGGUGUUAAAAAAUCCCAAAGACUGGCUUUGAGAAAAUGAAAAAAUGAGUGAUUUGUGCAAUGUAAGUGUAUAAGACAGAAAAAAAGACUGUAGGUAAGUAGUCAACAUUAUAUUGUGCAGUUUAUUUUUAUAGAGUUAUUUGUGUAUUUAAAGUGAUAUCCACCUGUAAUUUUAGAGGAAAUAUAGAUAUUUACUGUAUCUAUUUGGAUGGAUGUUAUAUUAAGUGUGAAGGAAACAAAAUUGUUCUGUAGGUAGAGUUAAGCAUUUGUUGUAUUUUUUGUAUUUUUGCAUGGUAUUUUGUUAUUCUUUUUAGUAAUGUACUUACACUGCUAUUCUUUAUGCAUAUCAAAGAACUGAUAUUAUGCCAUUGUAUUUUUGUUAACUCAUGGCAAUUUAUAAUUAGUUUAAAGAACACUAACAAUGAAAUGUGGGCAGGGAUAAAAGAAACUUUCUAUUUGUGAUAAUUGUUGAUGAUUUUCUAAGUUAAGUGUUAUUUAUUUAAUUUAUAGCACUGUUUUUUGUCAAGUGCACAUAACUUUAUAAAAACUUGGUAAAAAUGAAAUUGCAAGGAAGUAAAAUGCAUUAUUGUAAAGUUAAUUUCCUUUGCAUCUAAAGUACGAAACUUAUUACUUUAAUCACCAUGAGUACUUACUUGAAUGACCCUUACUUAUCAGAGUUGCUUUAUAGAAACAAAUUGUUUUAGGAGUGGUCUCAUAAGGAACUAGUAUCAUGUAAGUUUUCAUUUUGCUUAAAUAUCUACUUAAAGUAUGUUUCUGUUAGCGAACUCUAAAGAAUUAUAUUAAUUGCAGAGUAGUGGACAAUUAAGAUGAGUUGACAGUGGAACCUCGGUUUUCAUACAUAAUCUGCUUUGGAACCUCCCGUGAAGUCCGAAACAAUAAUUCCCAUAAGGAAUAAUGUAAAUACAAUUAAUGCAAUCCAGAUCCCCAAAAAUAUUAACAAAAAAUACAUUUUAUAGGGACUAAACACAAGUUUUACAUACAGAAAACAAUGAGAAAUAAAUAUAAAUGAAUAAUGAAACGAAUAAUGAACAUUUAACAUCACUCUUACCCUAUGGAAGACUUGCUAGCGUAUGGAAGAUGGAAAGAAGGGGGGAAGGAGGAGGAGAGGUUAUUGUUUGGAAGAGGAAUCCCCCUCCAGAAGGAUUCAGGUAUCAAGGACCUAUCUGGGGUUAAUACUUCUCUUGGUUUUUUACUGGUACUAUCUGGGGUUACUUUACCACUUCAGUUUUUACUGGCACUAGGACCAACUUAGGAGUGUUUCUGAGUGUAUGAAAUUCUAGGAAAUAUACAAAACCCAAGAUAAAAUUUUGUCGGAAAAAGUCUAUGAAAACCAGGGCAUAUGAAAUCUGAGGUUCCAUUGUAUUGUUGUGUGAAUUAUUGUAUAUUACAGUACCGCGAAAUGUGAACUUACAAAACUUAUAUGAAAAGGACCUUUAUAGUAGUAAUUCUAAUAGUAUAGGAAAGUGAAUAGGAAUAGAAGAAUUUUAAAGCAUUUUCCAUAUAUUGAUCAUUGAUUUCUAAUAGGUAAGUUUAUGAACAAACUGAAGCUCAUUGUGAUUACUUAGAAGAAUGUUAGUGAACUCAGCAGAAAAUUCCUUUCUUCAGACUUGAUUUUUGGUAACUAGCUAUAAAAAUGAGUUUAAAUAAAUUUUGAAUUAUAGAUAUGGUAUGAUUAGCUGUUUUGGGAUAAAAUGGUUAAAAUUUUUCAUGCCAUACAAAUUAAAAUCAAAAGAAAGAUGAUUUAGUAUGAGGGAUAUGGGUUUCACAGUAGAGCUAAGAUAUAUUUGUAAUAUUUUUAUGGCAGUUUCACAUAAUGAUGGACUACAUUUCAACCUUAAUUGAAAAUUUCAUGGUAGAACUACAUUUAAUUUUUAAGAAAUGUUAUAUUACAAUAUUAUUUUUAAUAUUUAGUGUAUAAUUCAUUGUAACCAAUAGGUUAUUCACAAAAUAUAAUUUAUGGAAUUGCUAUAGCUACUGUUUGCAGGUGUCCAAAACACAAAUGUUAUAUAGCCUUAUUUUCUGAUGGCUUCCUUUUAUUUAAAGAAAUAGAAAGCUGAUAAAGCCUGUCUUCAGAAUACUAAUAGGCUCUAAAUAUAAAAGCACUGCACUUAGGUACUGGUAACAACAAUAAUAAAGUUGCACCAUUAUUGAUAAAUGACUACUGUUCAUCUACAUAUGAUGAUCAUAACCAUGCUUUUAGUCCCGAAUAUUUUUUUACUUUUUCAUUUACUGCAAGUAAUUGAUAAGGUAGUGUCAAUCAUCUUAUGAAAUCUGUUGUAAAUAAAAUUAUAGUACUAUUACAUAAGUGAUUCUUGGAAAACCAAAUAAGGCUUACAUUAAGAAAAAAGUACUACAUAGUACAGUGCUGCACAAACAAGCUACCAUCUAUUAAUUGAUACUAGUGUUAAUGAAAUUUAGUGAUUACUCUUUUCCACGGAACAUAACAAAUUUAAUGGGAUGAUGCAUAAAAAACAUAGGCAUGAUUUUUAUUCCUGCAAGGCAUUGUCUUAUCGGACACCUUUAUACAACAAAGUUUUUAUCUAAACUUUAAAAACUGAAUAAAAGACAAUGCAUAUGCCAUCUAUUGUGAUACUUUAACAACAAAGUUUUUAUUUAAACUUUAAAAAGUUAAUAAAAGCCAAUAUGCCAUCUAUUGUGAUAUUUUUAACUGCUAUAUAUACUUGCCAUAACCCUUCAGCUCUCUGAGAAUAAUAUGGCAUUUUUUUUAAUUUGUAAGUAUGUAUAGGCACAUAGCUGUUAUCAUGUUAAAAUCAUAUUUUAUUAUAACAGUACUUAGCUCUAAGGUUUAAUAAAUUUCAAGUAGCACAAUCUUAGCAAAGAGAUUUCAUGUAGCUACAAUGAAAAUAAUCUAAAUAGGAGAGAUUUUAGGCGCACAUGCCAAGCACUGGGGCAACUAAGGCCAUUUAGCGCUGAAAUGGAAAUUUACAAUGAAAGAUAUUGGGAGGUCUAACAGGAGGAAAACCUCGCAGUUGCACUGUGGAACAAUUGUUAGAAUGUGGACAGUAAGACGGAAGUGAGAGAAUAUGAACGGAGGUACAGUAAAAGGAAUGAAAGCAGUCGCAGCUAGGGGCCAGAGGGAUGCUGUAAAGAACCUUAAAUAAUACCUACAUUGCACUGCAUGAUGUGCACUGUUGGCUAAAAUUUAGGAAAUUGAGUGCAUUCAUAUUUAGCACAAAUUGGAGUUGGGCAAAAUGCUAACCUAGUAAUUUUCAUGAGAUUAUUACAUUAACCCAGGUAGCUGUUUUUAGCCCUUGUCUAGGCUGUCUGAAGGCUUGGUAAAGCAAUGAAGUUUUCACAUUUUCUUGAUUGUACAGUAAUUAAUUUACAAAAUCCUAGAAUUUACAGAAGGAAAACAUGUCCAUAACAUUUUUUUUUUGUCAUGAAGCCUAGAAAAUUAAUUUUGUUGACUACUGAAACUUGGCCAAGGUAGUUUAGAAGUCUUUUCAGAAUUAACUGCAUCUUGGUUGCCUAGUUAGAUAGAAAAAAAGUAGUGGCACCAUAUGCUAGGGUAGUAGUGUUAUCAUAUUAGACUGUUGCACUAUACAUCACAUUAUUGAAAUCCUCAAUUAUUGUAAUAUAAUUUUCAGUAUAGUACUCUAGUUUUUGGAAAGUGGUGUGCACUUGUUUGUUUUCCAUGGUGCUAAAUAUUGAAAUUGUAAUUAAAAACGAAAAAUAUACUGUAGUAGUAAUUUUUAUAGUACUUAAUGUAGUAUUUGUAACAAGUGGCCAUGACAGGUUGCAAUAUACUUUAGUGGUUUGGUAAAACUGUAUUUAAAUUUAAAUAUUUGUAAUUUUAUAACAUAAAUUUUGUCAUUA